AAAAAAGGGAUGGGUUAAUCCUUCCUAAUAUUAUAAAUGUGAAAGCAAAAUAUUCACGGCGAAAUUAAUGAACCCAUUAAUUGAAAUUAUAGAUAUACGACGAAUUAAGAAAUCGCGAAGAAAUCUUCUAUAAAGGUACAUUGCUUUUAUACACCGUGGAUCUCCCUCGUGCAAGAUCGGACUAUAUUCACAAAAUAAGUAAGUAUGACAAAACCAUAUACCAAUACCAUAUAUUUUUUAUGGACAAAUCUGAAUAGUGAUGAUUCCAAAAAACCUGGUACAUCAUGAUAUUUGCAAAAUCCGGUCACAAACCCGGGGAGAUCUCAGGAUUCACCGCACUUGGAUGAUGUCGAUUGGCAUAAAGACUGUAAUACGUAGGUACGGUUUAUUCUGGUUGGUUGAAAAUGGUUAGGUUCCGGAAUUCUACAAUGCAGCUUGCAAUGCCGACGGACGUUUAACGGAAACUAUGAGAUCCAGCUAACGAAAGAGACGCGGGUAGACGCGAGACAUUAUCAAGAUGGUUUAGAAAGGCUCGACUGAACCUCAAAUAAAGUGUUCCUACCUAUUAUUUUUUUCUUCUCUUAUCAUCCAUAGAUUGGUAACAAUCAGGUAGUUAGGUCCUAUUUCUGAAGUACCUACACUACUUAUAAUAUAUAGGACUACGAGUCAGUUUUUAGCAAAUUUAAAUAAACAGACAUACACUUCUUAAAUAAAAAAAAAAUAAAGUGUGUAGCACGGAAGCUGCUCCGGUUUUCUUAUUAGAUAAAGCGAGUCUUUCUAACUGAACAAAAAUGAAAGUUCGUAAGUACACAUUUUUGUUGCUUGUUUAAAUGAAACACAAUCAUUUGGGAUCAGCUUUCCAUGUUUUUCCAAGCUUGUAACCAAUCCUAACCAGACCCCGUUCUCAUUGGUCCAUCUGUAGCGAAGGGCGGAUCGGGAUGAGCGGGAUGUUGCGACGUCGCUACGCAGGGAACAUCCAACUUCACAUUUGUUUCUUAGAUAAUGGAGUUUAUGUUCCCGUGUGCCUCAUCUCAGAUACAGCAGUUGUUACUCCUCCCAAUUUCACAGUCAUCUAUCAUCUAGUUUUCAUAUCGAUAUUAGUUUCAGGGCGGAGUGUAAUAUGGGCGGGCGGCUUUACUCAGCGGAUCGUAUUCAGUUAAUUAUGUGAAACAGUGUUAAAUGUUACUGAACAACCAAGGUUUUUACAUUUUUGCCAUGUAAAAAUUUCAUGCGAUAUUUCGAAUUGAUACAUAGGUAGUAAUUACUUCCAAAACAGAUUCGAAAAAACGUUUAUAAAUUUUUCUUCACGUUGCAGUUGCGUACCCACUUUAAAUAGAAAAUAAUUGAGUGAUUUCAAUGAUGAAUAGUGGGAGAGCCCGAGUGCCGAAGUGCGCCCGCUGUCGAAACCAUGGUCUCAUAUCCAGUUUACGAGGCCAUAAGAAGGCUUGUGCAUAUCGUCUGUGCCAGUGCCCUAAAUGUGGGUUGAUUAAGGAGAGACAACGGAUUAUGGCAGCCCAGGUAUGUAUAAAGGUGGCAUUAAAACGCCAGCAAGCGGCAGAAGAUAAGAUAGCUUUGCACUUGGCUUCUGUGGAAAGUGGGACAGCACUGGACAGCCUGCCUCCAGGUCGGAUUUAUGGGAUGCGAGUCACUGGCCCAUGUCCAAGUCCUGGACCGGAGCCGGACUCCGUCGCCGAUGAUCAUACCCCAAUCCACAUUGACAGCGAAACGAGCGAUUCUCUCCCAGACUGUUGCACAGUCUCACCAGAUUCCGCGGGAACUUCUUCAGCAUCGUCAUCCUUGCGUGUAGGGGAAGAAGGAUCAGAAAGUGAGAAUGCAGUAAGCACUGCCGGCCUGGAGAUGCUACGCAAGUUGUUCCCCGGCAAGAAGCGCUCUGUCCUCGAGCUCGUGCUCCGACGAUGCAACCACGACCUUCUCCGAGCUGUUGAACAUUUUAACGCUACACGAGACCAACGAGACAAGAUACCAGGCAUGAGCUCGGGCGGUGGUUACGAGGCAUCCGUGACCAGUUCUGAAGAAGUCGAGUCGAGAUGGUCGGCAUUCCGACCAGUUGGUCCUCGAGCUCCGAUCUUACCGGCUUUGGUUAUGGGCCGAGUGUGUGGUUCUGAUUGGCUGAUUCCAAUGCCAGCGUUGCCUGCGCUGUCAGGUCCUCUCCUCCUGCCUCUACAACACCCCCACGCCCCACCAGCACCUUGCAACCCCUGCUCCCCUGAUUGCAGGCAAUGCAACCAUCACUAGAGUACCACAUCAUCGAUACUAGCCUCCUUAGAACGUAGCAUAGUUUAUUUAUCCUUUCGUGUCAAAAUCGCUGCCAAACCAAUUAAUGCCAAAGAAUUUGUACUUAAUUAAGCUUUAUACGUAUCAUGUCUACUUUUGUUUAAAUGCUGUUGUUAUUAUUAA